AAGUGAGAAAAAUACAAAGAAACGGAAGGCACUGGAAAGGCAACAAUCGGCACUGCUUGACAAACUCCGCGAUUUAUUCCUUCAUUCAUUUCAGAAUACGCGUCAGUCGACAGUAACAGUAAAACCCGGCCUUCACUUCUGCACUCUCUCUCCCACGCAGCCGAAAAAAACUUAGCUCUGGCUCUCGGGUAGCAGAAGUAGGAGCGGCGGGAUGGGAGCGUCUUGUGAUGGUGAUUUUGCAUUUUCAGCGAAUCACAGCUACGCGUCCUCUCAAGAUAUGGGGUUCACUAAACACAUUCACGACAAUGUUCAUGGAAAUAUUUAUCUUGAUCCGCUGUUUUUGAAAUUCAUUGACACUGAACAGUUUCAGAGGCUCCGAGAUCUUAAGCAGCUUGGAAUGGCGCACAUGGUUUAUCCAGGUGCAGUACAUUCUAGAUUUGAACAUUCUCUAGGAGUUUAUUGGCUUGCAGGUGAAGCCGUCCAUAGACUUAAAAUGAAACAAGGACACGGACUUGGUAUUGAUCACUUUGAUAUGCAAACUGUGAAACUUGCAGGGCUUUUGCAUGACAUAGGCCAUGGGCCUUUUAGUCAUUUAUUUGAACGUGAGUUUCUCCCCGAGGUUGAGAAGGGAAUUGACUGGUCUCAUGAACAAAUGUCUGUUGAGUUGGUGGAUUAUAUUGUAGAUGAGCAUCACAUAGAUAUUGAUUCUGAUACCAUGAAAAGAGUCAAGGAAAUGAUCCUUGCAAGUUCCAAAUAUGCUACAAAUAAAAGCACAAGGGAAAAGCAUUUUCUAUAUGAUAUUGUGGCAAAUGGUCGAAAUGGCAUUGAUGUUGACAAGUUUGACUACAUUGCCCGCGAUUGCCGAGCAUGUGGUUUAGGAUGCAACUUUCAGUAUAAAGAAUUGAUGGAAUGCAUGAGAGUAAUAGGAGAUGAUAUAUGCUAUCCAGCCAAAUCUUAUCUGAAUAUCCAAAAGUUGUUUGCCACAAGAGCUGAUUUGUACAGAACUGUUUAUACUCAUGCAAAAGUAAAGGCUAUAGAGCUAAUGGUUGUAGAUGCCUUGGUGAGUGCCAACAGUUACCUACAGAUAUCAUCUCACAUACAGGAUCCUUCGCAGUAUUGGAAGUUAGAUGACACCAUUCUCAAGACCAUUGAGACAGCCCCAGAUCAGGAACUAAAGGAAUCUAGGGACUUGAUACUUCGCAUUCGCAGGAGAGAUUUGUAUCAGUUUUGUAAUGAAUAUGCUGUUCCAAAGGAGAAACUGGAGAAUUUUAGGAAAGUUACUGCACAAGAUAUUGUUUGUUCCCAGAGAAAUGGAGGAACUGCACUUAGAGAAGAAGAUGUGGUGGUUAGCAAUGUCCGGAUUGAUUUAACACGCGGGGACAGUAACCCUCUUGACAGCAUCAAGUUUUUUAAGGAUUAUGAGAGUGAGGAAACAUUCUCAAUUCCAGAUAAUCGCAUCAGCCAUUUGCUUCCAUCAUCCUACCAAGACAUGAUUGUGCGAGUGUACUCCAAAAAGCCUGAAUUGGUUGGUGUAGUUUCCGAGGCUUUUGAAAAUUUUCAGUGGAAGACUUACGGCACCACUGCACAAGUUCAUGCAACACCUGAGAAGAAAAAGCGCCGAGCUUAAAUCGUUCUACUGCAUCCAAUGCUUGCUAUAUUUUGUUGUUUCACAUAAACAUUAUUCAAACCAAUGGAAGUCUCUGGCAUUCCUAAGCAUAUUUACCAAAAGAAUAGUUAACAUGUGAAAUGAUUUCGUGUUGGAGAGCAUCUUUGUGAGUUAUUUUUAGUCCUUUUUAUAUGUUGGAUACAUUGCAUAGAAGAUGCAUGACGUUACAUCAUGCACUGUUGCAGUUUUGUUUGCUGUAUGAAAAGCUUGGAAUUCGGGUGGUAUGUCAAUGUAUCAGAGUCUUAUUACAUUUAA